AUGUCUGCUUCGAGGAAGGAAUUUGUGUUAAAACACGUUUUCAAAGAUGUUCGGAAUCUCAAAGAAAAUGAGUAUCAAUGCGGUCCUACAGAAGAACAUUUCAAUGUUCCAUGGAGAAUAGGCGUCACUAGAAGAAAGGGAUCCCUUGCUUAUUAUCUGUAUUGUCAUUAUCCUAAAACCACCGAAUGGUCGAUUACCAUUGAGCGGGAAGCGAGACUAAUCUCGGUAGGAGGAAAAAUAAAGAAAAGAAACAGCGAAUCGACGUUUAUCAGUAAUAGUGAAUACAACAGUCGGGGAUGGGGUUCAUUUAUCGAAUGGAACAAUAUGGAAAAGGAUUAUAUGACCGAUGGAAAUAUCACUAUUGAAGAAUAUAUUAAAAUCAAGAAAAUGACUGGAAUCGCAAAGAAGAAAUUGAGAAAUUUCGACUCAAAAAUGAAUAUAUUCUCAGAUGUCAUUUUGACUGUGGAAGAUGAGAAAUUCUAUGUCUCCAAAUUGUUUCUGGCUACACAGUCCGCGUAUUUCGAAGAUCUCCUAUCGAAAAAACAUGAGAAAUCUGAAAAGCCAAAAUACAAACUCGAUGGUUGUAAAUCAGAGGAUUUUCAGUACUUUCUGGAAUUGAUCUACGGAGAAUCACCAAUUGAUGAUGAAACAGUUGAUGGAAUUAUUCAUUUGGCUGACAAGUAUCAGGUUCCAACUGCGAUGAGAAAAUGCGAAGAGUUUUUGAUUAAUAAUUCUGAAAAAUCAUUGAAAGAGAAGUUGCAAAUGGCUAAAACAUACAAGCUGGAAAACUUGAAGGAUAGAGCUCUCUCCGAAAUCAAGAAUGUCGCAGACAUUCGAUCUGUUGUCUCAUACGAUGUCAGUGAAAUGGAUCCAUCUGUCGUCGCGGCUCUUCUCCAGAAAGCGUUGUCAUAUUUACCAUGA